AGCUUCCUGUCUCCCUGUGUGUAACAGUGUGUACAGUCUGAGUGAUGUCAGACCUGAUCUCAUCUCUGCACUGGGAGCAUCAGACUGACCAAUCAGUAGUGAGGGAGGUGCAACAGGGUUUAAAAGCAAAGGUGUUUCUCUGAAAAUCAACAUUUCCGCCUGSCUCUUCAUCGUUGGCGAGGGACUCUCAAUGCUAUCCGGCCGAACGAGAAGGUACAAAAUGAAGUAUGUUUCUGGAUUCCUUUCAAUCGUUAUUACUUUGUUCUUCUCCUCAACAGGGGCUGAAGAUGUGGUGGUGUAUGGUCAGGUGGGAGGGACGGUCACACUCCCCAUAUUGAAGUGGGGUUCAGAAAAGGUGUCGGUACAAUGGUACUUUGGGAAGGACACCCAAUCUAUGAUAUUCCGCAACGCCCAGGGUCGAGAGACGACAGCUYCACAGUGGGAAGGCAGGCUGUCUCUGUCCAAGWCGGACUUCUCCCUGAUCAUCAACAACAUCAGACUGGAGGACUUCAACUCCUUCAAAUGUGAACUGAAAGAUUUCAUACCAACACCAUUUCCCUCAGUCACCAUAUUCAGACUGUCCCGUGUGAGUGUACAGCCAGUCUCUCCCCUGUUGGCUGGGAAGAAUCUUAAUCUGAAGUGUGACAUAAAAGAAAUAGUUGAGGGGACACAGAGAAGAUGGCUUAAUCCCCAGAAACAGGACCUGAACGAGGACAAGCGUGUCCAGAUCGGAGAUGACAGCAGCCUGACAGUAAUGAAGGUCACUGGCCAAGACCAUGGAGAGUGGACCUGUGUGGUGACAUACAAGGGCAGGGAAGCCUAUGCCAACACCCCUGUUACUGUAAUAGACCUYUUCCCUGCUCAUCCACAGCCUAUCUACACCUCUGUCUCCCCCCUCUCUCUUCUCCAUUUGCCAUGUUUCUUUUCCAUUCCUCUUCCUCUAUCCUGGUCAGACAGCCAGGAAAAGGGCAUCCAGGGAGGCCGCUGGACCUUUAMCCCAAGCCCAGCGGCAGGCUCCCUCACUGGGGUUGUCCAGACCCUCGUCAACCUCUCCCUGGGGCCUCCAUUAGCCUGGGUGGUCAAUCAGAAGAGAAGGCUGGAUGUCUCAGCCCUGCARACGAAUAAUCGAAACCUCUCCCUGUCAAAGAAAGGGGUGACGGUGGGGGACAGGGGCGAGUACACCUGCGUUGUGGAGUUCCAGAGGGACGACACCCUGAAGAGAGAAAUGCGUGUGGAGGUGCUACAGUUGUUAACCUCUCCAGUUUCAGUGGCCUUUGUAGGUCAGGAGGUCAACCUCACCUGUACCCUGGGCCAGCCUCUGACCUCUGACCUGGAAGUGAAAUGGAUCCCACCACAUCACUCAUCCCUCCUCCCUUUAGGCUCCUCCCCCCACCCCACCCUUCUCACCAUCCCCGAAGCGACGUAUGGAGAUGGUGGGWGGUGGAGGUGUGAAUUGUGGAGGAACAAAACCAAGCUGACGUCAGUGGAGAUCACACUGAAGAUCGAGCGAGUCCCCAUGGACGUGUGGCUGUUGGUCACCAUCUGUGCCGCAGCCGUCAUCUUCGUCCUCCUCCUCAYCCUCACUGUCAUCCUCAUCCGACGCCACAGACAGCGGGUGAUGAUGCCCAGACGUGGCAAACGCAGAGAUUCUGCAACUGCAAAGACCCCAAACCAAAAGGAUUCUACAGAAACUAGAGAUAUCGUACAGACCGGAACCCUGUCAAUGGACAAUGUGUCUACUAUUUUGUCUUAAGCUAUUCUAUUCUGAUAAAAAAGAAAAACCAAAAGGACAAAAGAAGCAAGAAAGAAGAGGUUUUCAUGUGAUAUUUGAUAAUAGAUUUCACAAGUGUAUAUUGUCAUGCUUUAUGACCUAUGAUUGAGCUACAAUUGAACAAAUACUGUAUAUAAAUAUGUAUAGCUACUG